UUUAUCACUAACCCACACACGCACACCAAUUUUAUACACAGCCCCCACACACACUUUCUCAGCACGUACUACAGUAAUCAACUUUAGCUCGGUGUAUAAUAUAUUAUUAUAUAUAUAUCUUUGUGUGGCUUCACCUCUGAUCACUCUUUUUUGUCCUUUUUUCCCCUGAUCUCAACCAUAAAGAGAAAAAAAAAGUAAGAAAAAAUUGAUCUUUGUUGAUGGAAUCAAGUGGGUUUUCUUCGCCGAGGAGGGAGUGUUUUCCGGCGGGUCUCCGAGUUCUUGUGGUGGAUGAUGAUCCCACGUGGCUGAAGAUUCUGGAGAAGAUGCUCAAGAAGUGCAAUUACGAAGUGACCACAUGUAAUUUGGCGAGAGAAGCCCUCGACUUGCUUCGAGGGAGAAAAGAUGGAUAUGACAUUGUAAUCAGUGAUGUUAACAUGCCCGAUAUGGAUGGAUUCAAGCUUCUAGAACAUGUCGGCCUCGAGAUGGAUCUACCUGUCAUAAUGAUGUCGGUAGAUGGUGAGACGAGCCGAGUGAUGAAAGGUGUCCAGCAUGGCGCGUGCGAUUAUCUAUUGAAGCCGAUAAGGAUGAAGGAGCUUCGGAACAUAUGGCAGCACGUUCUACGAAAGAGGAUACACGAGGUGAGGGACACUAGUGAAUGCCACGAAAAUUUCGACGAGAUUCAGUUGAUGAGAGGUUUAGCUGAACAGUCGGACGAAAGCUAUUUAUUUAGUGGGGACUUUUUUUCCGGAAGGAAAAGAAAGGACGUUGAUAACAAGCAGCAGCAGCAUGAGGAUCGAGCGUGUGGCGAUUCCACAACGUCCGUGAAGAAAGCGAGGGUCGUGUGGACUGUCGAGCUUCAUCAGAAGUUUGUCAAGGCUGUGAAUCAGAUCGGAUUCGAGAAGGUGGGCCCGAAGAAAAUACUGGACUUGAUGGGCGUGCCGUGGCUAACAAGAGAAAACGUUGCUAGUCACUUGCAGAAGUAUCGACUCUACUUGACCCGGUUGCAGAAAGAAAACGAGUCAAAGGCCACGUUUGGGGCAACAAAAGAUGAAAAUUAUCCUAUUCCGGUUGACAACAUUGUCAUUCACAAUGACGAGACAAAAAUCAAAGAAGGAAAUCCGAUUCGAAUACAUUCUGUAGCUGAUGUGGAGCCCAGAAAAGCUGUAGGUUCAAAGCGUUCGAAUGUAAAAUAUGAAUCCAUGGCCCGAGCUCAAUUCUCGUGGGCUACUGAAGUUCAAGUUCAAGUUCAAGCUCAACCUUUUCAAUUUAAACAUGAGCAUAAACCACAUUUCCAAACGGAGCCUAAGUUCGAUCGCUUCACGAAUAUUCCCAUGCAUCACAUAAAAGUCGAUCCAGUGCAGCACGGUACACUCCAUAAUCCUGGUCCGUCAGGCGGAGAUUUCGAAAAGACAACACAAGCAUUCGGCAGGAACAAAACUCAAUGCCCCAGGAAAGUGUCAAAAGACGAAAAUGACCCUGCAUUGUUCACAGUUCAACCGGAAAGUCAUUCAUGUGACACAAAGAACCAUGGUUUAGAUAAGGACCUGUUUGGUGAUUUUGAAACUUCCUCUUCUUCCCCGAAAAACACGGUUUUGGGUUGGGACGAAAAAUUAAACGAUUAUUCAACGCACGACGAAGAAUUUCGUCUGCCAGAUGAUUUCUUUGGGAAUCUAGAGUUGCUUGGAUAUGCCAAUCACGAGAUGAUUGCCGAUUUCUCGCAACAUUUGUUCGACCCUUUGAAGUUCGACUCGAGUACUUCAGUGACCACGUGGAGUAUCCUGUAAUAAUUAUCAAGGUCUGUUUUCGUAUUGGCGAUGUUCUGUUUUACGUUCGACUUUUAAAAUAUUCGAAGUCUGGCUUGUAAGAAACUAGAACUAUUACUCUUUGAUGUGGUGAAAAAUUUGCAUUCUUGUUGGACAUGAAUAUUGCAGUGUGUAUCAUCAUCACUUAAGGUUUACAUAUACU